UAUACACACAAGACACAAGUACACAAAAACAUAAUAAACAGUAAGAAAAAUAAAAGAGAAAGUAUGGGUGUUUUUAGUGCUCCAAAAAUAGAUUUUGGAAAGUCAUCAGAGUUGAAAAAAGGAAGUGAAAAAUGGAAUUUAUUGCGGGAUGAAGUUUUCAAAGCUUUAGAAGAAUAUGGUUGUUUUGAGGCUUUGCUUGAUGGAGAAAUUCCAAAAGUGAAACUAUAUGAAAAGUUGAAAGAAGUUUUCAACUUUAAUUUGGAGAAAAUAUUUGGAAAUACACAAAGUGUUUUAGUAGGUUAUGAUAGGUAUAAACCUAAAGCACCACUUCAAGAGAGAUUGGUGAUUCCCAAUGUCCUCAAUGAUGGUGUUAUUGAGAAUUUUUCUAAAAAUCUUUGGCCUGAUGGAGAGUCUGAAUUCAGUGAUUUGGUGCUCACUUACUCCAAGAAACUAUCAGAAUUUGAUGAUUUGGUAAAAAGAAUGGUAUUUGAGAAAUUGGGAUUGGAAAAAUACUUGGAUGAACACAAAAAAUCAGGUGAUUAUUUACUUGCUAUGAUCAAGUACAGAGCACCUAAAGCUGGAGAGACAAAUGUUGGAAUACCUCCACAUACUGACAAUAUCAUUUCAACAAUUUUAAGCCAACAUGAUCAAGAUGGGCUGCAAAUUUUGGACAAAAAUGGACAAUGGCUUGAUGUUCAAUUCUCAACACCUAAUUCAUAUGUGUUCCUUGUUAGUGAUUGUUUGAAAGCAUUUACAAAUGGUAGACUGAAUUGUCUUAUUCAUCGAGUGAUAAUAGGGAAUGAAGAGAGGUAUUCUGUGGGUUUUCCAUUAAUUCCUAAAGAAGGAUAUAUCAUAAAAGUUCCAGAAGAACUUGUUGAUGAAAAUCAUCCUUUGCUUUACAAGCCCUUUGAUGGUUCCAAACUUCUUCCAUUUUAUAUGGCGGAGGGAAGACGCGGUGUUUCUGCUACUCUCGAAGACUUCUGUGGUGUCUCAACCAACAAUCCAAACUUGUCUUGAUACUUGAUUGUGGCCGGGGCCCUCUCCUCAUUUUGCUAGUUCUAAACUACCAUUUUCCUUAUGUAUGCUUGUAUUAGCGAGGUUUAUUACCUUAUUAGGAUUAGUAAGGUAAGACCUCGAUCUCCUUAUUUUUACUCUUUCUCUUUAAGUUUUUUGUUUUUCAUAUUAAUAAAACACUAGUUGUGGUGGGAUUGUCA